AUGAAAGCUUUACGUCUUCUUCAAGCUCGUAGUUUUUCUCACACAUAUUCUUCAUGUCGAGGAAACAGUGUACUCAGUCAAGAACCAUCUGGACCAAAAAUGAAAACAGCAAUUCCGGGACCUUUAUCUAAACAAUAUAUGAAUGAUUUGGAAAAAACUCAAAACUCAUUAAGUACAAUCUUUGUUCUUGAUGUUGAAAAAUCAAUUGGAAAUUAUUCAGUUGAUGUUGAUGGAAAUAUUAUGUUAGAUGUUUAUGAACAGAUUGCUUCGCUUCCUUUAGGUUAUAAUCAUCCAUCAAUUCAAAAAGUUUUUCAAAAUCCAGAAAAUCUAAGUCAACUUGUCAAUCGACCAGCACUUGGAGUUCAUCCAACACCACAAUUUAUUAAACAAAUUAAUCAAACAUUACUUCCAAUUGCACCUAAAGGUCUUGAAUAUGUUCAACCAAUGAUGUGUGGUUCAUGUUCAAAUGAAAAUGCAUUCAAAGCAAUAUGUAUUUGGCAUGCAAAUAAAAAUCGUGAUGGAAAAGCGUUUACUGAAGAAGAAUUAAAAUCAUCAUUGUAUAAUCAAGCACCAGGAUGUCCAACAGUUUCGAUAAUGUCAUUUGAAGGAGGUUUUCAUGGUCGAACAUUUGGUGCAUUAUCAUGUACGCAUUCAAAAGCUAUUCAUAAACUCGAUAUUCCAAGUUUCGAUUGGCCAAUUGCACCAUUUCCAAGAUACAAAUAUCCAUUAGAAGAAAAUCAACGAGAAAAUCAAAAAGAAGAUGAAAGAUGUUUAGCUCGUAUCGAAGAAUUAUUUCAUGAAUAUAAAUCAAAACAAAAUCCAGUUGUGGGUGUUGUAGUUGAACCUAUUCAAAGUGAAGGUGGGGAUUAUCAUGGUAGUGCAACAUUUUUUCAACGUCUGCAAAAACUUAUUAAAAAAAAUAAUGCAGCAUUACUUAUUGAUGAAGUACAAACUGGUCUUGGUGCAACAGGAAAAUUUUGGGCACAUGAACAUUUUAAUUUACCUGAAUCACCUGAUUUAGUUAGUUUUUCAAAAAAAUUUCAAACAGGUGGUUAUUUUGCAAAAAGUGAAUUUCAACCAAAACAGCCCUAUCGUAUAUUUAAUACAUGGAUGGGUGAACCAGCAAAAAUGUUAGUACUUGAUGCUAUUUUAAAAACAGUUAAACAAGAAAAUUUAAUCGAAAAUACGAAAAAAACUGGUGAUGUUUUAUUAAAUGGUUUGAAAAGUUUAAAUCAAAAAUAUCCACAAUUAUUUUAUAAUAUUCGUGGUCUUGGAACAUUUUGCGCAUUUGAUAUGCCAAAUGCAUCAGUACGAGAUAAAUUUCUUGUUCAAAUGAGAAAUGCUGGUAUUCAAAUGGGAGCAUGUGGUGAUGUUGCUGUACGUUUUCGUCCAGCAUUGAUUUUUGCCGAAAAACAUGCUAAUAUUGUUCUUGAUAAAAUGAAUGAAGUAGCAAAGAAGUUUUAA